CACCACAACCUUCCGACGAUCAUACCGAGUAGGUCCACGCAGUAACGUUCCGCAAUGGAUUCAGCAGGGAUACUCGUUGGCUUACUACUAAUUUAUUGUGUUCAAAGUGAAGCGUUUCACAGCAAUCCGUUUGAUGUAAUCCGAGGAUGUAAACAGUACGCAAAUGUGGUCGAUUACAAUGGAGCGCUUGAAUAUUUUGCUACCGAUAACUUGCAGCACGUGGGACGGACGCCCGGUUCCAAGUACUUCCGCUUUGGAAUUGUAGGGCCAAACGAUGGGCACAUCCGUUUCGGAGGUUCGCCGUACCCGUACGGUAAGGAUGUGAUUGAGAUCGUGCUCUCCGGGUGGGCUAACACGAAAAGUGUUGGACGACGUCAGCAUCGUACGAGACCGCACGAGAAGGAGGUAAACGUGCUUCUGGCCGAGGUGGAAACGCCCAAACUGUUGUCCCCAUUCCGACCGACCAUGUUCGUGCUGGAGGUGUUCAACAAUGGAACUGUCCAGGUGAGGAAGGACGGUGAAAGCCAUCCAUUGCUGCAGUUUCGCGAUGGCAAUCGUUCCCUGCCGGUCGAUUAUAUGGCUUUCACUAAAUGGGACAAGGAUCUCAUCUACUUCUAUGAUUGUCCACUGAAGGAGACGCUCGGUGGCGACGAUUCUAUUUUUUUGAAUUGUACGGUCGUUUAAUAU